CGUCAGUGCAUGAGAACUGGGAAAGCCGUCAGUGAUGGCGAAUCCUUUAGAGCUCUCCGUGAUGACAGCCUGCUGCAGCCUGCCUGCCAACCUUGGGGCUUUGUUCACCGAAAAGGAGAGAAAGUGAUAGACGGAGAAUUUUAAUGGCAACCAUAUGAUUGAAGACGUGUAGUUGUGCUGGGAGAUUCCAUCAGCUAUAGUUGGGCAUAUUCAGGGUAUAAAGGGUGACAGAACUGAGCAUAGACUUGGCAGACUGUCAUCAUGAACCGUGCUUUUAGCAGGAAGAAAGACAAAACAUGGAUGCACACACCUGAAGCUUUAUCAAAACAUUACAUUCCCUAUAAUGCAAAGUUUCUUGGCAGCGCAGAAGUGGAGCAGCCGAAAGGGACGGAAGUCGUGCGAGAUGCUGUACGGAAGCUAAAGUUUGCAAGACACAUCAAGAAAUCUGAAGGCCAGAAAAUUCCCAAAGUUGAGUUGCAAAUAUCAAUUUAUGGAGUAAAAAUUCUCGAACCCAAAACAAAGGAAGUCCAGCACAAUUGCCAGCUUCACAGAAUAUCGUUUUGUGCAGAUGAUAAAACUGACAAGAGGAUAUUCACUUUCAUAUGCAAAGAUUCUGAGUCAAACAAACAUUUGUGUUAUGUAUUUGACAGCGAAAAGUGUGCUGAAGAGAUAACUUUAACCAUUGGCCAAGCAUUUGACCUGGCAUACAGGAAAUUUCUAGAAUCUGGAGGAAAAGAUGUUGAAACAAGAAAACAGAUUGCAGGGCUACAAAAAAGAAUCCAAGAUCUAGAAACAGAAAAUAUGGAACUUAAAAAUAAAGUACAAGAUUUGGAAAACCAGUUAAAAGUAACUCAAGUGUCAACAUCGCCAGCAGGCAGUGUGGCGCCAAAGUCACCCUCCACUGACAUCUUUGAUAUGAUUCCCUUCUCACCAGCUUCACACCAGGCUUCCGUACCCGCUCGCAAUGGCACGCAGCCACCUCCAGUACCCAGUAGAUCUACAGAAAUCAAACGGGACCUGUUUGGAGCUGAACCUUUUGACCCUUUUAACUGUGGAGCAGGAGAUUUCCCUCCAGACAUUCAAUCAAAAUUAGAUGAAAUGCAGGAGGGGUUCAAAAUGGGACUAACCCUUGAAGGCACAGUAUUUCACCUGGACCCAUUAGACAGCAGGUGCUGAUGUCAAGAAGGAGAGAUGCUGCCUCCUGUUACAUUUGUUUAUAUCCGUGUGUAUCAUGCGUUAUUACAUUGAGACAGGUGUAUAAAUGUGCCAAUAUAUUUUUUGAACGUCUUCAUGUUUUGAAAACUACUGCAGUAAAAUUUCUUCACAUGUAGUGUUGAUCUCCAACUUUAAUUUUGCAGGCAACUUAGUGCAGUGUAUAGCUUACUUUUGUGUUCCUUUUUGUCUCUGUUGUCAGCGGAUUUGUAAUUUAGACAUAAAUCAUCCCCAUAAUCUGCUUUGUCUGUGGUCUAACUAAUUAGCAUCUUGAAAUUUGAGUUCGUUCUUCGGGCUGCUAGUUUAUUUCUGAUGUCCCAAAAGCCAUACCUGAAUUGACAAUUUUUAAAACUCUGAAGAUAUACCAAUGCCAAACUAAAUAUGUUCAAUUUUUAAACUAAGAAAAAUGUUAUCGUCUACUAGAUAGAUCUCAUUUUACGUGUCAAGUGCCGUUCGCCUCCUUGGUAAAAUGUUACCUUUGAAUUCCGUGCCACCCCUUCACUAAUUUUUAGCUGAUAAAAUAAAGGCAUAAAUUGCAAUAAUAAUUAAAUCAAAUGUAUUUAGAAUAUAAGCAAAUACAAGGUAAUGAUAUUAUGUGAUUAAAUGUCUGAAAUGUUUAUUUUAUAAAUAAUGAUUGUGGAAAACAAUAAAAACAUUUACUGUUAGCAAAGUUCUUAAAGAUCUCAUUUCUAAUGUGUUACCACAUUACCGUAAAAUUGAAACAUCAUCUGAUCUAUCUUUCCUUUAAAUGUAUUUGAAAUGUAUGCUGUGUAUAGGUGUAAUGCCUACUGUACACACUUACUUAACCAAAUAUAUUUUUCUUCUCUAUGGACUAUUUUCAUGUAUUCUUCUGCAAUAAUGAUAUUUUUCCUCAGCGGAGUUUAUUUUCUGAUGCCCCACUGGUUUUGGUACUUUAAAAUGUAUGACAGUAAAGUAUCAAAACAUUUA